GGGAAAAAAUAGGCUUUUUUCUGAUUGAUCAUUGUCAAAAUCAAUUUUUUUUGCACCGAUCGAGUUAGUCGAAAGGAAAAGUUUGAUCGAAAAAUGCCGUUAUCAAACAUUAUUGUUUAUUGGUUACAUUAUUGUUUCUAUACAAUUCUUAUAUUAUGUAUUCCAUUCAUUUAUCUACCAUUGUUAUUCGAAUUAAAUCCAUUUGCAAUCGCAUAUUUAUUAUGGUAUAUUUGGGAUUUUCAAACUUGUGAUUAUGGUUCAAGACCUUUUCGAUGGUUACGACAAUUAUCAUUUUGGUCAUAUUUUACUCAAUCAUUUCCAUUGCAUUUAAUUCGUUCAACACCAUUAUCAUCUGAUCGUAAUUAUAUUUUUGCUUGUCAUCCACAUGGAAUAUUCAGUAUUUCUACUGUUCAUUCAAUCAUUACCGAUGGUCAACAAUUUUCCCAAUUAUUUCCCAAUCUUCAACCAUAUUUUGUUACAAUAUCACAACAAUUUUGGCUACCUUUUUAUCGUGAAAUCUUAUUGGCAUUUGGUUUUUGUUCAGCAAAACAAAAAAGUAUUGAAUAUAUUUUAAAACAGAAACCAAAUUCAAAUGUUGGUGGAAACAUUGUUGCAAUCAUGAUUGGUGGUACUAAUGAAGCAAUCGAAUCAUUUCAUUCAAAUCGUUUAAUAUUAAUCGUUAAAAAACGUCGUGGUUUUUUACGUUUGGCAUUAAAAAAUAGAGCAUCGAUUGUACCUGUAAUAUCGUUUGGUGAAAAUAAUCUUUAUCAUACUGUUAAUUUACCUGAUUUACCAUCAUCAUCAUCAUUGAUCCUAAAUUACAUACAAAAAACAUUCAAAUCAAUAAUUGGUUUUCCAUUGAAAAUAUUUUAUGGAAAUUUACUUUUUUUUCCUUAUCGAAAACCAGUUUGGACUGUUGUCGGUGAACCAAUAUUGAUCGAUGAAAAAAUAUCCGAACCAACUAAACAUCAAAUUGAUCAAUUACAAGAACAAUACAUUAAUGCAUUACAAAGGUUAUAUGAACAAUAUAAACAUCAAUAUAAUCAUGGCAAUAUUGAAUUGGUAAUCAAAUAAUGUUGAUACGGCUUAUUUAAUCAUUCAUCAUUUUCCUGGAUCGUUUUUCUCUCAACCUUUUUUUCAUUCGUCGUAAUUUUGCACGUUUCAUCAUUAUUUUUAAUCGUGAAUUUCUUGUCAUUGCUUUCUGUAUUUUUCGUUUAUUAAAUGCUUUUAAUUGA